GGAUGGUAUAAAGGGUGCCCUGGCCCCUGCUCAGCUCAGCACUCCACUAGAAGCCUCUCCAGCCAUCCUUACUGUGAGCCUGGUUGACCAAAAGCAGCUUCCAAGAUGUCCCAGCAACACAUUCUGCCAGUGACCCUUCCCCCUGCUCUCAGUCAGGAGCCCCUCAAGCCUGUUUCUCCUUCCACUGAUACCCAGCAGGAGCAAGUGAAGCAGCCAACUUCACUGCCUGUCCCAUGCCAGAAGGUGACCUUUGAGUUGCCAAGGGAGGUCCUCUUGGAACAUGGGGAGAAGCACACAACUCCUGUGAAGGGGGUACCUGAGCAAGACUGUGAGCCACAGCCCCAGAAGCUGCAGCAGCAGGAACAGCACCUGGAACAGAAAGAGCAAGAAUCACAGAAGGAGGAACUGCAUCUGGAACAAAAGCAGGAACUGCAGCAGCAGGAACAGCAUUUGGAACAGCAGCAGCAAGAGUCACAGAAGCAGGUACUGCAUCUGGAACCACAUCUGGAACAAAAGCAGCACAAAGAAUCACAGAAGCAGGAACUACAGCAGCAGGAACAGCAUCUGGAACAAAAGCAAGAAGACUCACAGGAGCAGAAACUGCACCCAGAACAGCAUCUGAAAGAGCUAGAGCAAUGUGAGCAGGAAGUGAAGCAACAUCAACAGGAACAGCAUGAGGACCAAGAAGCAGAAAACUUGGAGCAGCAGCUGGAAAAGGAUAAAGCACAAAGGGAGCAGCAGCUAAAGGAACAGCUGGAACAGGAGAAGAAAAUCCUGGACCAGCAACUGGAUCAAGAGCUAGCAAAGAGAGAUGAGCAAUUAGAAAAGAAAGAAGAGCAGCAGUUGGAGCACCUGGGGCAGGGGCAGCUAGAAGCAACAGAGCAGCAGAAGGGGCAGUUGGAGCAACACUCAUUGUUCCCAGCUACUGGCCAGGUCCAAGAGACCCACCCAGUCCAGCCACUGCUGGGAAAAGUCUUAGCCCCUGCAGAGGAGUAGCAGAAGAAACAGGAUGUAUAGUGGGCCCCCCAAGCAUAAAUAACCACUUCUAGUGUCCCAGAUGCCCUCAGGCCAACCCAUACAAGUAAAGAGAAAGCUGAGCCAGUGGCCUCACUUACCUCAGGUCUCCCAGUCUGGAUGGCCCACCUUAUCUGUAAACUUGCCUGACCCUGUUUUUCUGCAUGUCUUUGUGAUAGUGUGGUUGGGGCUGGUAUUGCCCAGUACCUACUCUGAUUCCACCCCAUUCCAACCUCAGGUGGCCAGAGCCUCUGCCUGAGGACAGUUACUAUGAUAACUCUGACUUCAUCCACAGUAUUAUAGCUGAAUCUGUGAGUAUGUACAAUGAUACAGAAUAAAUCCUGGAAGUCCUGAGA